UGUUGAUAUAGCAGUACUUUUAAAAUAAAAGUGCGCAAUACACUACUUUUGAAUUCAUUAUUGAAUGUUGUUCUGUGGGGCUUAGAAACAAAGCUGCUCCUCGUGCUAACAGGUUAGGUAUCAUCUUAAGAAACGUUUGUUUUCUAAAGAUAGAAACACAAGUUAACUCCUCAAUGAACUUAUUAACUACCACGAUUGUUAUUCAAUCAUUCUGUCGAUAUUGUUGUAUUUCCUUGGGAUAAUGUAUGCAGGGGCAGAUUGGUGGUUCUGGUUGUUCUGUGCCUCCCUUCUCUCCAGUGGGCGCAGCAAUACAGCCUGGGCCUAAAGCAGUGUGGAGUCAGUGUUAGCGCCCAGCAGGGACCGGAGGGGCAGCGAAGAGAUGCUCUGCUCCUGGCUGAUGGAGGAUACGUCGUCCUGCCAGCGUUUCCGACUGCAGGUCAUAGGCAGCAUCAAAGCUGGAUCUGGGUCUGUCUGCGGUGAGCUGGUCGCUGCAGGAGGCCCUGCUGGAGCUUGAGCUGAAGGACUUUUUAGUGAACCUGCAUGAUUUAACGCUUGGAAUCCACUCCGGUGGCACCGAUGGCAAACAUUAAGAAUAACUAUAUAGAAAUAGACAAUCUUCUCUCGCUGAGCAUCAGUAUUAAAUUGAGACUGGUUCAUAAACAGUUACAGGUUUAUCACAGUGAUUCUAAUACUAUUGACUCUCUCAUAUAAGUGGUUUCAGUGUGCCAUGUUGUGCAAGGCUUUGCCCAUUUUUUAAUUCCAUAUCCACUUCCACAAACACCAACCACAGUACAUCUCUAAUGCAAUGAUUGAUACAUGUGGUUUUGGCACUUCACCCACUGCUCUCGUUCACUGCCCCUGAUUCAUGUGUUGUGUAAUUCAGCAUUCAGACCGGCUCUAUUUCAACAUACUGUGUCAUUGUUCUUUCGCCUUUGCCCUAUUAGCAAAAUCCGAAAUGCAAAGACUAGUAAAACAAAGUUUAAGCAGAGAGAUAAUGCAGCAAAGAGAGGCAGACCCUAAGAUUAUAUUAAGCUGUCAUUAAAACAUAUAGUAUCAUUUUAAAUACGAGAGAUGACAGAAGUAGUAUGAGUCAAGUAUGUAGUCUAGUAAAAGAAGGAGAGGACAAGUUUAGAAGUAAGGGUGGUGUAAAGCAAAUUGUUGUAGAGCCAAUAGAAGUGGUUGUUUUUACUGGUAGAAAAUAAACUAAAAACUACCUGAACUCACCUAAAAAAACGAAUGUGAAACUGCCAAUAGCGAGGUGGGUUGCCUGGACUUUAUUUAAGGGGGUGUUUCCAAAAGCUAGAAGUUCUAGGAAUUGUGUGUUGUAAGUCAUGGUUGGUCGCAUUCCAAAUUAAAUACUAUUCAAGUUAAUUUUCAAUCCUUUCCUGUGACAAGUACAUCUUUAUUUUAACUUGGUCUUUUUACUUGCCAAAGCUAUAUGUCAAACUCGGAUGAAAUCAAAAGAAGGGGUGGUCUGUCACCUUGGUACUUGCAUGCUUUUGGUCCAUGUUCAGAAUCUGUAUUUGUUAUCUAUUAGGUCUAUCUUCCUGUCAAGGUGCUCUGAAGUUCUUGAGCACCAUGGCUUUGCACAUCCCUGGUGUAAUUGCAGUGGUGCUGUUCUAUAUCCUUAUUCUAGGGACAGGGUUGUGGGCUGCCCGUAAGUCCAGGAAGGCUGAGAGGAAGAGCCAUGGAAGCAGGAUUGAAGUGGCGCUCCUUGGAGACAGAAAUAUCGGCUUGAUGGUCGGGAUUUUCACCAUGACUGCUACAUGGGUCGGAGGUGGUUUUAUCCUGGGUGUGGCUGAGGCGGUGUACUCCUAAAAUGGGCUUAAUCUGGGCUCUUAUGCCUAUACAUUACACGGUGUCCUUCAUAAUAGGUGGACUUUUCUUUGCCAAGCCAAUGAGCAAUAAGAAGUAUGUCACCAUGAUGGACCCAUUCCAGAUAAAGUAUGGCAAUGUACUCAGUGGUGCUCUGGUCCUGCCUUCGAUACUGGUGGAUGUGCUGUGGGUCUCAUCCACUCUGCUUGGCUUGGGAGCAACUAUGACUGUAAUACUGGACUUGCCCUAUGCCUACUGUGUUUGGAUCUCAUCAGCUGUUGCCAUCAUCUACACUUUGUUAGGAGGCCUUUAUUCAGUGGCCUACACUGAUGUUAUCCAGCUCUGUCUAGUUUUCCUCAGUUUGAAACUCGGGCUGCCCAACCACUGAAGACGGGGGACAACAUCUGUCCGCCAUCUUUGUCAGUGCUGCAAGUAUUAUGGAAACACAUUCAGAAGUAGUUCAGGAUGACUCUCAAUGUGCCGGGUCUGGUGGUGAUGGCGGGGUUCUACCUGCUGAUCUUGGGUACGGGCAUCUGGGCGUCCAUGCGUUCCAAGAAGGAGGAAAAGAAAUGCUCAGGAGACGGCAUGGAGAUAACGCUUCUGGCCGGACGCAACAUCAACUUGCUAGUCGGCAUCUUUACUCUUACAGCUACGUGGGUGGGCGGAGGCUUCAUCCUCGGUAUAGCUGAGGCAACAUACAACCCAACACUAGGUGCAGUAUGGGCUCUCAUGCCUGUGCCUUAUGUCCUGACCUUCUUCUUAGGUGGGUUUUUCUUUGCCAAGCCUAUGAGAGAGAACAAGUAUGUGACAAUGAUGGACCCCUUCCAACAGAAAUAUGGGAACGUUCUGAGCACUGCACUGAUCUUUCCCGCACUGGUGGCUGAUGUCCUGUGGGUGGCACGCACACUCGUCAGCCUGGGUGGAACUAUGAGUGUGAUCCUGGACCUGCCCUACAUCUACUCCAUCAUCAUCUCCUCAGUGGUGGCCAUGAUCUACACACUGCUCGGGGGGCUCUACUCUGUGGCCUACACAGACGUCAUCCAGCUCAUCCUCAUCUUUGUCAGUCUGUGGGUGUGUGUUCCUUUCCUGUUGACCAACCCUCACUCUAUGGACAUCUCACUGACGGCCUACAACGAGACCUUUCAGGCUCCCUGGGUCGGCACAGUGGAGUUCGAUGAGGCCGGCAAGUGGUUUGAUGACUUCAUGUUGUUGGCUCUGGGUGGUUUGGCCUAUCAGGCGUUCUACCAAAGAAUCCUGUCCGCCUCAUCUUACACCCAGGCUCAAGUGACCUGCUACGCCUCUUCAGGCUUCUGCCUGGUGCUGGGUAUCCCCUCCAUUCUGGUGGGGGCUGUGGCUGCCUCUACAGACUGGAAUUCAACCAGUUAUGGAUUACCCACCCCAUAUGAGCGCAACCAGGCAGGCUCAAUCCUCCCCAUCGCCCUGCAGUUCCUUACACCGCCCUACAUCUCCAUCAUUGGCAUUGGAGCUGUAGCUGCUGCUGUCAUGUCUUCCAUGGACUCAGCUCUUCUGUCCUCCGCCUCAUUGUUUUCCUCAAAUGUAUACAAGAACAUCCUCAGGAAGCAGGCGUCAGACCGUGAGAUGCAGUGGGUGAUCCGUAUCUCAGUGGUGGUGGUGGGUCUGAUUGGCACUGCCCUCACCUUUCUGGACAGCAGUGUCCUGGUCUUCUGGCUUGUGGGGGUGGACAUGUCCUACACCAUCAUGUUCCCUCAGCUGGUCUGCGUCGUCUUCUUCAAAGUGUCCAACGGCUAUGGAGCUACGCUGGGCUACCUGAUGGGAAUCAUCCUGAGGUUACUGAGCGGCGAGCCCCUCAUUGGCCUCCCGCCUGCCAUCCAGUUCCCUGGCUGCCGUAUGGAUGACGAGGGAAAGCUAACCCAGUAUUUCCCCUUCCGCACCACUAUCAUGGUCACCUCGCUCUUGUCUAUCCUGCUCGUUUCCUGGCUGAUGUCCAUCAUUUUCAACAAGGGUCUAUUGCCUGAGAGGUGGGAUGUGUUCAAGAUCAAACGCAAGGAGAAACCAACAGCCAGAGCAGUGGCCGACGAGAAGACCAAUUCUGGUAGCGAAGAAGCCUCAGCAGCCAAGCAGCUCCUGGAAACCACCAGCUGCUGAAGAGGCUUACGAGGAGGGAGAGAAGAUGGUGUACUGGCUGGAGGCGAACAUGUUUGAUCGUCUGCUAAGCAGGCGUUCACAGAGGGGGAACAAUGGCAAAGGCUUGACAUUGGCAGUAUCACAGUGAAUUUGUAGCGAUAAUAUUUACAUUAGCGGAGUGUGAUCUGAGCUACUCGCACCCUACUUCAUCAGUUGCCUCAUUGCCUUCUACAGAGAAUAUAUACAGUAUAUCAUUAUCAUCAUACAUCACUGAAAUGGAUGCGCACAAAGUUCAUCUGCCAAGCCAUUAAAAAAUAAUUUUGCAUUUGGAUAAAAAAGGAUUAAACAGAAGUUAAAUGUUCUAAAUAAUACAACUUUAACCUCUUGUCCAUUAGAUACCCCUCCCUAAAAACAGACUUUUACAUUUGUACAGAUUUAUACAAAUACAUUUUUUCCACAUUUUGACAAAUUGAGAUUUGAUUUUUGACAGACCUGAAAUCAGUUCCCAAAGACAACUGUGCUGUGGCAACACAAAAGACAUGUUUCACAUACUCUCUCCAAAAACAGGAACCAUCAAGACAUCUGAUUUUUCCUUUACUGAAAAAUCAUUCAUCACCUAGACCAGCAGGAAACGUGUCUCACGGCUGUACUGCACUGCAGGUGCACCUAACCCCUCCCUCAGUGUGAACCUCCGAACGCCUGCACUGUCUGCGUGUUUCUGUGGCGCAUUUGAGAAAGACAUUUCUAUAUUUAACAGUUUAUUUUAAUAUGAUCUGUUCUUUUCCUUUAUAUAGUUGAUCUGCUGCCUUAAGCUCUAUUUCACUGUGAUUCUUCUUUGCGUAUUUGUUAAUAUUAGAUCAAUUCUCCCUUCACAUAAAACAAUUGCUUAUACACCAAUUUGAUUUUGUUUUAGAAAGACUGUGCUCUUUUCUGAUUUCCAAACUUCUUAGCUGCGUAUUAUCAGACACUUCUGUUUAGCAGCAGUCCACACUCCUGAAGAUAUAUAAUUUUUAUUUUUUAGAAAAAUGAAUCUGUGUGCAAAGAGAGAGUAUCACAGUUUUGUGAACAUAUCUAAGAUGUGAAGAUUCAUAGUUACAUGUGCAUUUUCAGAGCAACGUUUACCUCCAUUGCUCAAAUACUGCUCCGUAGACACCAUCAAGUUUCAGACUCUUUGUUUGUAAACCACCCAGGUACUGGUGACUAAAGUGUCCCAACCUGUCUGACUGCUGAGUUAUGUCGCAGUGCAUGGCUGGUGGCUUUGCUAUGCAAGGAACAUCAAAAAUCUGAAAACGGCAACCAAAAGCACUUAGACAGAGGUCGCACAAACACUAUUUAAAUAAUUUAAAAUUGACUGUUUUGUCGUGACUAGCAGCAGGGAGAAACAAAACUGCAGAACUUGAUCUCCCAGCAUUUAUCAUCAGCCCAUUCCCUUCACCUGCAAUUUACUCGCAUGAUGAAUGAUUGAAUGUAGCAGUUUUCUACAACUGCGUGGAGAUAAAGAACGCCAAACGUAUCCUUCGUGAGAGAUGUGCCUUUCAGUUUGUCAGUGACUUUGAGCUGUAUUUCUUUUUCUUCUGUUUUAUACUAUAUGCAAAGCUGUAGUUUACAGUGGGAUCACAGGAUGUUUUUUUCUGAGCCUUAUUGUAGUUUUGUUGUGCAAAGAGAUUCCUGUUAACAAGGGAUAGUAAGAACGCCUUUCUCUGCCAUACUGUUGCUCACAAAAUCACUGGAAUCUGGUCUCACUCCACUGUCAGCGUUUAUUUGCUGGUCAUUGUAAAAGGGGUGUAUACUCUUGACACUGUUCCAAUACCUCAUGGAGUGGUGAUGGUGGCUCUAAGUAUACACAACUUCAACCUAUGAUUCUAACUUCUAUUCAAAGAAAACUGUAUGAAUGUCAUUUUCCAAAGACUGAUUGCACAGAACAAACUGCACAAUGCAUCCAUCUUUUUUUGCGUGAUUGUAAUUUCAACCUGUAUUUACUCUUGUAUACUGUACAGUCCUCAUCAUCAUGAUUUGUAUAUUAACACUUUUUUUUAUCUAAGCUGAUUGCUAUGCGUAGUGAGUUCUAGAAGAAAAACACAAAAGUGUAUUUUAUCUCAAGUUAGUGAUGUUAUUAUAGUGAAAUAAAUUCACCUGCGUUUUGCAGAACAUGAAAUGUAAUUUCACCUUCACACAUGUUUAAAUCACUGGGUGGCAGUUUAUUUGUGUCAGUGCAGUGAUUCUUACCAGCUGUGUGUUGUACACAUAUCACAGGAAAAAAGUAUUGGCCAUUUAGGAUGAACACUCCGGCUUGAUAACGUCUCCAGACAUGAUUUGAUGGAAGAAAACUUGCCUGCAGUCCUCAGCAAGCCAUCCACAAUAUAAUGAAGAAUGGCAACACCUUCAUAUUGAAGUGUAUGUUUAUUGUCACCCGUGCAUUACACCACUUUUUGAAGAGAAAUGUUUUGUUUUCCAUGUGGGGUAAAUCAAGUAUCAUUUAUGAAAGUACUGAACAGUUGUAAGUUUUACAAUAUCAAUUGGUAGUAUAUUGUAUCCCCCAAUAUGUUUGUAUACUAAUAUCCAUGUAUACAGAACUGUUCACUCUUGCCACUUGGCAAGGUCCCUCUUUGUAAUCAAUUAAUGGAAAAUGGGUGAUGUUCUGUCGGAAUAAAGGCUGAAACUAAA